AUGUUGAUCCUAUCAUUUCUUCUAAUGCUUGUUGUUCACCUCUCUAAUGGAGCCAAUAUAUUGAUAUACAAUCCUAUGAUUGGCCAAAGUCAUAUUCGGUUCAUGGGAAACAUAGCUGAUAUAUUAUCAAGAGCCGGUCACAACUUGACCGUUCUGUCUGUUGAAAUAGAUCCUCGGCUACGCCCUUUCGGAACUACAGAGAAUAAUAUUCAUAAAAUUCAUAUAACAAUGAGCAAAGAUGAAAACGUGUUCAAAGAGCUUCAUGAUAACAUUAACAACGUUUGGAUGGAUGAAGAAAUGAAGGCUUUUGACCCAGAAGAGUUCGACGUGUUUUUCAAUCCAAUUUUAGAUGGAUAUAGAGUGAUAUUGGAAAACAAAACUCUUAUUGAUUCCAUGAAAAAUACGAAAUUCGAUCUUGCAAUACAUGAGUUCUACGAAGUUGGUCCUUCUGCUCUGAUGGAGACUUUCGAAAUCUCCAAAACUAUCUUAGCCUCUGCAAUAGGAGAUGUUGCACCAUACACUUAUCAGAUUACUGGAGUACCCUUCAUGCCCUCUUUCGUUCCAGGCUGGACUACUAUUUAUGAUGAUAAAAUGAAUUUAUGGCAAAGAUUCAAUAAUAUGAUGAAAUUCUGGGAAAUUAAAGGAAUAUUAGACAAAAUGCAUGAUAGAGUACUAAAUCUUUUCCAUGCUCACUAUCCAGAAAUAGUAGAUGUUAACCAAAUUCUCAGAAAAAAGUCGGGACUCAUCCUGGCAAACGUAAACGAGUUCACUCAAACUCCUCGGCCAGUUUCAAGUAUGAUUCAAUUCAUUGGAGGAAGUAGUUUGUAUCCCACAAAGCCUCUGGAGAAGGAGUUUGACGAAUUAUUGAAUAUGAGAAAGCACAACGUCAUCUUCUCUCUUGGUUCUUUUGUUAGAUUCUGCGAAGCACCUUUAAAGAUUAAAAAACUUUUUGCCCAAGCGUUUGCCAGUAUGGAAGAUGUCACUUUCAUCGUGAAGUAUGAAAACUGCUCUAAUGAUGAAUUUGAUUUCAACAAGUAUGAUAACAUUGUUUCUAAGGCUUGGCUUCCACAAACGGAUUUAUUAGGUGAUGAUAGAGUUAAUGCUUUCAUCACUCAUGGCGGUAUGAACUCCAUUACUGAAGGGCAGUACAGAGGAAAACCAAUGAUCACUAUUCCCAUAUUUGGAGACCAAAUCUUGAAUUCUAAAAACGCUGCAAGAGUUGGAUCAGCCAUUAUGAUUGACAGGCGCUUUAUCACGAACGACUUACUUGUAGAAAGCUUGGAAUCAUUAUUAAACAGUCAAAGUUCUUUUGUCGAUAAGGCAAAAUUCAUAGCGAAGUGUUUGGAUGGGAGAGAAGAAGAGUAUCGUCAGAGAAUCGUCAAAUGGGUCGAACUUCAAUCAGGAGUUGAUGAACCUUUCGAUCAUUUGGCUAUGCACUCUAGGAACCUUUCUGUUUUGGAGCUAUACAAUCUGGAUAUUCUAGGAAUCGUGUUAGGCAUUUUACUCUUCUUUAUCAUGAUAAUUUUUUUCGUAUUUCGAUUAGUUCUUAUAACAUUGUUCAAUACGGAAGAAAAAAAGAAAAAAAAUUGA